UGGUUCAUGAAGAGGGGCGAGUACGCUGACUACAUGAGCAUGAUGGGAUGGAGAGACUGCAUCAGGUCUUGCCGUAUGAUCCCCAUGCACAGAGGCCAGUUCAGGAUGAAGAUCUACGAGAGGGAGAACUUCGGUGGUCAGAGUCAUGAGCUGAUGGACGACUGUGACAACAUCAUGGACCGUUACCGUAUGUCCGACUGCCAGUCCUGCCACGUGAUGGACGGCCACUGGCUGAUGUACGAGCAGCCCCACUACAGAGGCAGGAUGAUGUACAUGAGGCCUGGAGAGUACAGGAGCUUCAGGGACAUGGGCAUGAGCGGCAUGAGGUGGAUGAGCAUGAGGCGCAUCAUGGACUCUUGCUAAUAAAUGCUCACUAAAUCUUCACUGAACGUAUCAAAUGCUACUGAAUAAAGCAAGUUGCUGCACUA